UCAAAAAAGCAGGAGUCCCAGAUCUGAUCGAAAAAGUAGAAAACGUUUGGAUCAGUGCAUGGGUGGCUAGCGUAAAUGAACGGAAGGAUGAUUCCAUGGCUCUUGAUGGAAUACAUCAGCCGUUGGGUCUGCAGAAUCAUUUGAGACUGAGGACGCCGCCUCCGCCGCUGUCUCACCCGCCGAACCCCCAUCAUGCAGCUUCGAUCAACUCCCUAAACAGGGGCAACUUCACGCCUCGGAGUAACCCCAGCCCCGCCCCCACGGACCACUCACUCUCAGGAGAGCCACCGGGGAGUGCCCAGGAUCCUGUCCAUGCCCAGGACAACUGGCUCCUCAAUAGCAACAUCCCCCUGGAGACCAGAAACAUAGCAAAGCAGCCAUUCCUAGAGACAUUGCAGGACAACUUUAUUGAAAUGGACAUCCUCCCCACCUCCAGACAUGACGGUGCUUACAAUGAUGGGCACUUCCUUUUUAAACCCGGAGGCACGUCCCCUUUGUUUUGUACAACAUCUCCAGGAUAUCCCCUGACCUCCAGCACUGUGUACUCCCCGCCACCCCGGCCCCUUCCACGCAGCACUUUCUCCAGACCUGCCUUUAACCUGCAGAAGCCGUAUAAAUAUUGCAAUUGGAAAUGCGCGGCACUAAGUGCUAUCAUUAUCUCUGUCACACUGGUGAUCCUCCUGGCCUAUUUCAUUGCCAUGAACCUCUUUGGCCUAAACUGGCACCUGCAGCCGACGGAAAGACAGACGUAUGAGAUCUCAGAUGACAAAACCAGCAGUUGGCCUUUGCCGACAGACGUCACCUUGUACCCUUCAGGGAAGACAGGCGAAGGAAAACCCACAAGAAAGCCCUUAAACCUCUUUCCCGACGAUAGUUUUAUUGACUCUGGCGAGCUGGAUGUCGGUAGGCGGGCUACUCAGAAGAUCCCACCUGGAAUAUUCUGGAGGUCGCAGGUGUUCAUAGAUCACCCUGUUCACCUGAAGUUCAAUGUGUCCCUUGGAAAAGCAGCUCUUGUUGGCAUCUAUGGCAGAAGAGGCCUACCACCGUCACACACACAGUUUGAUUUUGUUGAGCUGUUGGAUGGGAGACGUCUCCUAGCACAAGAGUCCCGCAGUUUGGAGGGUCCUCAGAGGCUGCACAGAGGGGUUGCUCCUGUGACGAGUCAUGAGACGGGCUUCAUCCAGUACCUUGACUCGGGAAUCUGGCAUCUGGCUUUCUACAACGAUGGGAAAGAGUCUGAAGUUGUGUCUUUCCUAACGACAACAAUCGAAUCGGUGGAUGACUGUCCCAGUAACUGCUAUGGGAAUGGUGAAUGCAUAUCUGGAAGCUGCCGCUGUUUUUUAGGCUUUCUUGGGCCAGACUGUGGACGAGCGUCCUGCCCGGUAUUGUGCAGCGGAAAUGGCCAGUACAUGAAAGGAAGGUGCCUGUGCCAUAGCGGGUGGAAAGGAGCCGAGUGUGAUGUGCCCACCAGCCAGUGCAUUGAUGUCACCUGUAGUAACCAUGGCACCUGCAUCAUGGGGACCUGUAUCUGCAACCCGGGGUACAAAGGAGAGAAUUGUGAAGAAGUGGAUUGCUUAGACCCCACAUGUUCCGGACGAGGAGUCUGCGUACAAGGAGUGUGCCAUUGUGCUGUUGGCUGGGGUGGAACAAGCUGUGAGAACCCGCGAGCCACUUGCCUUGACCAGUGUUCUGGACAUGGGACGUACCAUUCUGAGACUGGUGUGUGCACGUGUGACCCCAACUGGACUGGCCAUGACUGCUCCAUAGAAAUCUGUGCAGCGGAUUGCGGAGGUCACGGCAUGUGUAUCGGAGGCAACUGUCGCUGCGAUGAGGGUUGGAUGGGAACCGCUUGUGAUCAGAGGGCCUGCCACCCCCGAUGCAAUGAGCAUGGAACGUGCCGAGACGGGAAAUGCGAAUGCAGCCCCGGCUGGAAUGGAGAGCACUGCACCAUUGCCCACUAUCUGGAUAAGGUAGUGAAAGAGGGAUGUCCUGGCCUGUGCAAUGGCAAUGGACGAUGCACGUUGGACCUUAAUGGCUGGAACUGCAUCUGCCAUCUAGGAUGGAGAGGAGUUGGGUGUGACACAUCCAUGGAGACGUCCUGCGGUGACGGGAAGGACAACGACGCCGAUGGUUUAGUAGACUGCAUGGAUCCAGACUGCUGCCUGCAACAGAACUGUCACAGCAGCUCCCUGUGCCUGGGCUCUCCGGACCCACUGGACAUCAUCCAAGAGACUCAAGCUCCGGUGUCCCAGCAGAACCUGCAGUCUUUCUAUCACCGAAUCAAGUUCUUAGUUGGCCGAGACAGCACUCACUUCAUUCCUGGGGAUAAUCCUUUCGAAGGAGGACACGCCUGUGUAAUCCGCGGACAGGUGAUGACAUCAGAUGGGACUCCGCUAGUGGGCGUGAAUAUCAGUUUUGUCAACGUCCCUCCCCUGGGAUAUACCAUUAGCAGACAAGAUGGCAGCUUUGAUCUGGUCACCCACGGUGGCAUCUCCGCCACGCUACGUUUUGAGCGAGCGCCCUUCAUCACGCAGGAACACACCCUCUGGUUACCUUGGGAUCGCUUCUUCGUCAUGGAAACCAUCACCAUGCGUCAUGAGGAGAAUGAGAUCUCCAGUUGUGACCUGAGCAGUUUCGCCCGUCCCAAUCCCGUGCUGUCUCCAGCCCCGCUCACGGCGUUUGCCAGCUCGUGUUCUGAAAAAGGGCCUAUUGUUCCAGAAAUACAGGCUUUGCAGGAAGAGAUUCCAAUCCCAGGAAGCAAAAUUAAGCUGAACUACUUGAGCACCCGAAACGCUGGCUACAAAUCGGUUCUGAGGAUCAGCUUGACGCAUCACACUAUUCCUUUCAACCUGAUGAAAGUGCACCUAAUGGUCGCUGUGGAGGGUCGUCUGUUCCGAAAGUGGUUUGCUGCCGCUCCCGACCUCUCUUAUUCCUUCAUCUGGGACAAGACGGAUGUCUACAGCCAGAAGGUCUACGGACUGUCUGAAGCUUUCGUCUCUGUAGGUUAUGAAUAUGAAUCAUGUCCUGAUCUCAUUUUGUGGGAGAAAAGAACCGCCAUUCUGCAGGGUUAUGAAAUUGAGGCGUCCAAGCUCGGAGGAUGGUCCCUGGAUAAGCAUCACGCGCUCAAUAUACAGACUGGCAUCCUGCACAAAGGCAACGGAGAAAACCAGUUCAUUUCCCAGCAGCCAGCUGUGAUCGGCAGCAUAAUGGGUAAUGGGCGACGCAGGAGCAUCUCCUGUCCGAGCUGCAAUGGCCUCGCAGAUGGCAACAAACUCCUGGCGCCGGUUGCCUUGACGUGCGGCGCAGAUGGCAGUCUGUAUGUCGGCGAUUUCAACUAUAUCCGAAGAAUCUUUCCCUCCGGCAAUGUCACAAACGUCCUAGAGUUAAGAAAUAAAGAUUUCAGACAUAGCCACAGCCCGGCACACAAGUAUUACCUGGCCACGGACCCAGUCACCGGCGCCAUCCUGCUCUCUGACACCAACAGUCGCCGAGUCUACAGAGUCAAGUCUACCACAGUGGUGAAGGAUGUGGUGAAGAAUUCGGAAGUGGUGGCUGGGACAGGAGACCAGUGCCUUCCGUUCGAUGACACGCGCUGCGGAGAUGGCGGGAAAGCCACGGAGGCUUCGCUCAACAAUCCUAGAGGCAUCACCGUCGACAAGUUUGGCCUCAUCUACUUCGUUGACGGCACCAUGAUCCGCCGAAUCGACCAAAACGGCAUCAUCUCCACUUUGCUCGGCUCCAACGACCUGACCUCGGCCAGACCCCUGAGCUGCGACUCCGUCAUGGACAUUUCCCAGGUCCGACUUGAAUGGCCUACGGACUUGGCUGUAAACCCAAUGGACAACUCUCUCUACGUUCUCGACAACAAUGUAGUGUUGCAGAUCUCUGAAAAUCACCAGGUCCGUAUCGUGGCUGGAAGACCUAUGCACUGCCAGGUUCCUGGCAUUGACCACUUCCUCCUUAGCAAAGUAGCAGUCCACGCCACCUUGGAGGCAGCCACAGCCCUGGCUGUAUCUCAUAAUGGAAUCCUGUACAUUUCCGAAACUGAUGAAAAGAAGAUCAACAGAAUUAGGCAGGUCAGCACCAGCGGGGAAAUCUCAUUGGUGGCGGGUGCGCCAAGCGGCUGCGAUUGCAAAAAUGAUGCCAGCUGCGAGUGCUUUUCUGGAGAUGAUGGUUACGCCAAGGAUGCCAAGCUAAACGCUCCCUCAUCUCUAGCCGUAUGUGCUGAUGGUGACUUGUACGUGGCCGACCUUGGAAAUAUCAGGAUCCGGUUUAUCCGAACCAACAAGCCAUUCCUCAACAGUCAGAACAUGUACGAGGUGUCUUCUCCCAUUGACCAGGAGCUGUAUCUUUUUGACACAACUGGGCGGCACCUUUACACCCAAAGCCUUACCACUGGUGACUUUCUCUACAACUUCACCUACACUGCAGAUGGGGAUCUGACUCUGAUUACAGACAACAAUGGAAAUACCCUCAACAUACGCAGAGAUUCCACCGGGAUGCCCCUCUGGCUUGUCGUGCCUGAUGGUCAAGUCUUUUGGUUGACAAUGGGCACAAACAGCGCUCUCAAAAGUUUCUCAGAACAGGGUAAUGAGCUGGCCUCAAUGACCUACCAUGGAAACUCCGGUCUCCUCGCUACGAAGAGCAACGAGAAUGGAUGGACGACCUUCUAUGAGUAUGAUACCUUUGGGCGUCUGACCAAUGUAACGUUCCCCACGGGUCAAGUCAGUAGCUUCCGCAGCGACACAGACAGCUCAGUCCACGUUCAAGUGGAGACAUCCAACAAGGAAGAUGUUACCAUAACCACCAACCUGUCUGCUUCCGGGGCCUUCUACACCCUUCUGCAAGAUCAAGUACGCAAUAGUUAUUACAUUGGCGCCGAUGGCUCUCUUCGGCUUAUUUUGGCAAACGGAAUGGAGGUCACCCUUCAGACGGAGCCACACUUGCUGGCGGGCACGGUGAACCCCACUGUGGGCAAGCGUAAUGUCACCUUGCCGAUAGACAAUGGGCUCAACUUGGUGGAAUGGCGCCAGCGGAAAGAACAAGCCCGGGGACAGGUCACUGUUUUUGGACGUCGGCUGAGGGUGCACAACCGAAACUUGCUCUCUCUGGAUUUCGACCGUGUUACCAGGACAGAAAAAAUUAAUGACGACCACAGAAAGUUCACCCUGAGGAUCCUGUAUGAUCAAGCAGGAAGGCCCAGCCUCUGGUCUCCAUCCAACGGGCUGAAUGGAGUAAAUGUGACUUACUCCCCAGGGGGACACGUGGCAGGGAUCCAGAGAGGGACCAUGUCUGAGAGGAUGGAGUAUGACCAGUCUGGAAGAAUUAUAUCGCGGACAUUCGCUGAUGGAAAAUCAUGGACGUACACAUAUUUAGAAAAGUCCAUGGUGUUACUCCUUCACAGCCAGAGACAGUACAUCUUUGAGUUUGAUAAAAACAACCGCCUGUCUUCCGUUACUAUGCCCAAUGUGGCCAGACAGACCUUAGAAACCAUCCGAUCCAUUGGAUACUACAGAAACAUCUACCGGCCUCCAGAGGGCAAUGCCUCCGUACUGCAAGACUUUUCGGAAGAAGGGCACCUCCUGCAAACAUUGUACAUGGGAACUGGGAGACGCGUCAUAUAUAAAUACGGCAAACUAUCGAAACUUGCUGAGAUUCUCUAUGACACCACCAAAAUCGCUUUCACGUACGACGAAUCAGCCGGCAUGCUAAAAACGGUCAACUUGCAGAACGAUGGCUUCACGUGCACCAUCCGUUACCGGCAGAUCGGACCGCUGAUCGAUAGACAAAUAUUCCGUUUUACAGAGGAAGGCAUGGUCAAUGCCAGAUUCGAUUACAAUUACGACAAUAGCUUUCGAGUCACCAGCAUGCAGGCCGUUAUCAAUGAGACACCUUUGCCGAUCGACCUGUACAGGUAUGACGACGUCUCGGGCAAGACUGAACAAUUUGGAAAAUUCGGAGUCAUCUACUACAACAUCAACCAGAUCAUAACCACAGCGGUCAUGACGCACACUAAGCAGUUCGACACCUAUGGACGAGUGCGGGAAUUACAAUAUGAGAUCUUCAGGUCCAUGAUGUUUUGGAUGCUGCUGCAGUAUGACAACAUGGGCCGGGUGGUGAAGAAGGAGUUGAAAGUUGGACCCUACGCCAACUCCACGCGUUACACUUACGAGUAUGACAAUGAUGGGCAGCUGCAAACCGUUUUCGUCAAUGACAAACAGCAAUGGAGGUAUAACUAUGACUUGAAUGGAAAUUUGCACUUGCUGAAUCCGGGGAACAACAUUCGCCUCAUGCCGCUACGAUAUGAUCUGAGGGAUCGAAUAACCAGAUUGGGUGAUGUUCAGUAUCGGAUGGAUGAGGACGGCUUCCUUAAGCAAAGGGGAAGUGAUAUUUUCGAGUUCAACUCUGCUGGUCUUCUUGUUAAAGCUUAUAGUAAAGCCAGCGGUUGGAGUGUGCGGUAUAGAUAUGAUGGCCUUGCAAGGAGAAUUUCAAGAAAAACCAACAAUGGUCACCACUUACAAUUCUUUUAUGCUGACCUUGCAAACCCCACUAGGAUCACACACUUCUACAACCAUUCAAGCUCUGAGAUUGCCUCCCUAUAUUAUGACCUUCAGGGCCAUCUCUUUGCCAUGGAGUUAAGCAGCGGGGAUGAGUUCUACAUUGCCUGCGACAACAUUGGGACGCCUAUGGCAGUUUUCACCGGCUCCGGGCUUAUGAUCAAGCAGAUUUUAUAUACUGCCUAUGGUGAAAUCUACCAUGACUCCAACCCUAACUUUCAGCUCAUUAUAGGCUACCACGGUGGCCUCUACGACCCUCAAACUAAGCUUAUCAAUAUGGGUCGCCGUGAGUAUGACGUGCUAGCUGGCCGAUGGACAAGUCCUGACCAUGACAUCUGGAAGCAGCUGAGCACCACCAACAUCAUGCCUUUCAACCUUUAUAUGUUCAAAAACAACAACCCAGUAAGCCGACCACAAGACACCAAGUGCUAUAUGACAGAUGUGAACAGCUGGCUCCUGACCUUCGGCUUCCAGCUUCACAAUGUCAUUCCUGGUUACCCCAGACCAGAGAUCGAUGCCAUGGAACCGUCUUAUGAACUAAGGAACACUCAGAUGAAGACCCAGGAAUGGGAUAACAGCAAGUCAAUCCUGGGCGUGCAGUGCGAGGUCCAGAAGCAACUGAAGGCCUUUGUCACUUUGGAGCGGUUCGGUCCCGUCUACACCUCCCCCAUCGCUGGCUGCCACCAAGAGAAGGAGAACAAGAAGUUUGCCACAUUCGGUUCCAUCUUCGGCAAGGGUGUAAAGUUUGCAAUGAAAGAUGGCCGCGUCACCACCGACAUCAUCAUCAUCGCCAACGAAGACGGGAGACGGAUCGCCGCCAUCCUAAACAACGCCCAGUAUUUGGAGAAUUUACAUUUCACCAUCGACGAGGUCGACACUCAUUACUUUGUCAAGCAGGGCCCCUCCGACAACGACCUGUCCAUAUUGGGACUCAACGGCGGCAGGAGAACCUUGGAAAACGGGGUCAACGUCACCGUGUCGCAAAUCAAUACAAUUCUCGGAACAAGGACCAAACGCUACACGGACGUACAGUUACAAUACGGCACCCUGUGCAUCAACACCCGCUACGGGACCUCCUUGGACGAGGAGAAGGUCCGCGUGUUGGAACUGGCCCGUCAAAGGGCCAUUUCGCAAGCUUGGCUCAAAGAGCAACAAAGACUUCGCGACGGGGAGGAAGGCCUGCGAGCGUGGACUGAGGGCGAAAAGCAGCAGUUAUUAAGCACCGGUCGGGUGCAGGGCUACGACGGCUAUUAUGUCAUAUCCGUCGAGCAGUACCCCGAACUCUCGGACAGCGCAAACAACAUCCACUUUAUGAGACAGAGCGAAAUGGGCAGAAGGUGACAAAGACAAUAAAUGAAAACAAAAAAAUUGACUUCUUGCCAAAGACAGCUGCUGUGGUGGCCGCCUUCCCGAACUGUGUUGAAAUGACCCUUUUUUUAAUUUUUUUUUUUAAGAAGACAUUUGACCCGAAAACGGUCACA